AGUUGCCUAUAUACAUAACAAUUUUCUGUCUCUGCUGCAUAGAAAGUUAGUAUGUAGCUGAUCUCAAAAAGCAAUUAUUCUUUUAUUAGUGUGAGAAACUUGUAUUAUUUUUGUAAGUAUUGUAUGUGUCUUUGUGUGUAAUUGUAAUAUGUUUUUGUCAGGCCUGCACAAGUAGCGUUACAUUUGUUUCUCAACAGAUCAACCAUUAAACACUAGGAAUUCUUUAUCUUUUCUGCUUUUUCUACAGCAGGCCGGCACGCAAAAAUUUAUUUUGUGUUUCAAUUUUUUCUUUGUUUUAAAAAACAAUUCAAUGAGAUUGCAUUAAAAAGGUUAGAACUGUUUACUUAGUUGUUUGGUGGUGAGUGGCAAUUUUUGGGCGGAAAAAUGGAAGCCCAGGUUGAAGGUGGUGGUAGAUGUGGCAGUGAUGAUAGCGGUGGUAGUGGUUUUGGUGAAGUAAGAAGACUUCACGUCAUCUACUUUCUCAGCCGAAAAGGUCAAAUCGAGCAUCCCCAUCUCAUCCGAGUCCAUCAUCUCUCUCGAAAUGGAGUUCGCUUGCACGAUGUUAAGAGAUGGCUCAGGGAAUUGAGAGGAAAGGACAUGCCUGAAUCAUUCUACUGGUCUUACAAGAGGAGGUACAAGACAGGUUAUGUAUGGCAAGACUUGGUGGAUGAGGAUCUCAUUACUCCCAUUUCCGACAAUGAAUACGUCCUCAAAGGAUCGGAAAUUUCCUCAACUAAUUUUGAUCUUCCUUCACAUGAGGAAAAGAAAGAUUCCAUGGAAAAUGAUGCGAGAGACCUCAAAUGGUGUUGUAAAGAAGAAAUUGAAGAAAACAAAGAAACAGCAAUGGAUGAUGAUGCCUUGAUAAAAACAUGUUGCGAAAUAGAAGAAGAAUCGCCUCCUUUCGGAUCUGAAUCAGACACAUCCACGUUGAUAGAUGAUUCAAUGAAACUCGAAGAAGAGAAACAUUCAGAGAUGAACGAACAAGAAACACAAGAACAUACAAGUCUCGAAUUAAAGAGUUGUUCUUCGUCUACACUGUUAAUUAAUAACAAGAAAAAGAAGAACAAAAGCAAUAUUAAUGUUGAAAAUCCUGUUAAAACACUGGCUUCAUCACCCAAGAGUAAGGCAUCUAACAUGAUCUGGAACUUCAUGAAAUGUGGUGCUGUGGACACCAAUGACUCGGCCAUGGUGAUGAUCAACAGACGCGAUAAGAGAGCUUGAGAUUUCCAAAGGAGAUAAGUUGGGAAGGUCUCAGAGGAUUUUUAGGACUGGUUGGAACCUACAACAUUCACACCUCAAAGCUCUGUAAUUCAAAUCCAUGGAUAGAUGAUAUGAUUGUUUUGGUAACUUUCAUUUUAUUGUAGCUUGAAAACUUUUUGUAACAAUUUUUUUAAAUUUAAAUAAAGAUGUGGAUCUUU